AUGGCGGAUAACCAAAGCGAAAUAAGCUCUGCAGACUCUGCUGAAGCUCAGAAUCAACUACAGAAUGAGCAAUCAGAACACCUCUUAGACUCACCAUGGGCCAAAUUUACCGCGGAACAACUUAUGGAAAACUGUCCAUACACAGUUGCACUCAAGGUCAUCAAUACAGCUCUCUGGGGUGUACCCGCACCGGCGGACGCAAAUGAGACACACGCAACAACGUGGGUCGCUAAAGCUAUCCACGACUACAAUGUGUCAAUGGCCUGGGACGAUGACCUCUUCAUUGACUACAAAUGGGACUUUGAAGGAUGGACGAAGGAGCUAUUUAGCAAGGUUGAGCGUGGUACACUAAGGUCUCUUAAGAGUGUGCUACGACACCGGGGAGUAUACACUGGCAACAAUCACGCCAGGGUGGCGGACUCUCUCUACAACAUUCUAGGUAUAGAGAAUACUCUUGAAUGGGAACCAGCAGAGUUUCGAGCCAUGAAAUUCGACCAACAGUCCGAAGCGUACCAGCGCCAGCAGAGCAAUAAACGCCAACAGGACACUCAGCACACAGUCUAUCCAGCUGUACAACAACCACCGCAAGUACAACAACUGCCGCAAUUACAACAACCGCCGCAAUUACAACAGCCACCGCAAGUACCACAGCCGUCGCAAUUACAACGACCGUCGCAGGGCGAGCAACAAGAGCAGUAUAGAUUCUCUAAGCUAUGGGACAAUAGCAACAAGUAUACAGGGAAUGCGUACGAUCUACUAGACGAUAAGAUCAAGAUCUUCUUCAGCAUCUGCUGGCAGGUAGAUAUCCAAGAAGAGCAGUUUCACGCAGUGUUUCCCCGUAUCCUUACCGGACGUGCAGAGACAUUCUACAUACAGGUUGUAGAGAGAGAUGACAGCUUUGCUGAUGCGUACAUGGCAAUCAAAAACCACUUCGACCAUGACGUCCAUCACCAGCACUACUACACAGACUGGACGACUACAACCUUCGCUCGCACCCGCACAGAGAACCCCGACAAGGGACUACACGAGGUUCUGCAGAUCCUGCUUGACAAGCUGCAGCUAUGCCAGCGUGCCCUUGGCAAGAACUUUGAGGGCGAGGAUGCCCUACGUACCACUGUCAUCAAUGCCUGCCGAGGAGUACCAGAGCUUGAGAUGGCACUGUUCAAACCAGCCACAAUCUGUGAAGGACUCUUCUCAGACCUACGUUCUGCAGUUGAGACACACCUUGCACGGCAACACACUGCCCAGAUGGUCACAGAGGACCAAUAUUACUUAGAUCGCCGAUACAACGGCAAUGGAAGAAUCCGAGGUGGAUCUCGAGGUGGAGGAGGAUUCAGAGGCGGAUCCAGAGGAGCAUAUCGAGGAGGCGAGCAGCGCGACGACAACGGACGAGGAUUCAAGCCACGCUGGAGGAAGAAAUGCUUUGUUUGCCAGAAGGAAGGAUGCUGGUCUACCAACCACACAGACGAAGAGCGCAAGGCUGCCCGUACACAGUUCUUCUCUACGCUAUACUUUACAGGUACACAGCCCCCCAAGGACUUCUCCGUACAUCUUGCAGAAUACGAAGGGAUCGAGCACACUAGCCAGUACAAUCAGAGAGGCUGGAGAGAGGAGGAAGACUGCGAGGAUGACGACGAUGACGACGUCGCGGAAGCAUACCUUGAACACCAGUUUUUCACGGAGCAAUGCCUUGCAGAUCAGGCGUUCUUGCACCACAUCUCUGGCGACGACGUAUACCGCCAAGACGCGCCAUCAGCGCCAGCGUCACAGUUCCUGCUUGAAGACCGCUACACAAGAUCUGUGUACCAAGGGAUCCUACCGGAUACAGGCGCUGCCAACGUAUCCACAGUUGGCAAGGAGCAGUACCUUGCACUCACAAGGGAAGAUCCUACAGUUAGGAUGGAUACGUCUACAGCAGGAAAGGCAUCUAUCAAAUUCGGCAAGGGCGAGGCUACAUCAUCUAUUGGCACUGCACAGGUCUCUACAGACAUUGGGACGAUCAACUUUGAGGUGCUUGACGCACCUACACCAUUCUUAUUGUGCCUUGCAGACAUGGACAGGUUAAAGGUCUACUUUAACAACACCACAGAUGAGCUAGUCCAGGGUGACGUACACAUCCCGGUGAUUCGCAAAUGGGGACAUCCUUGGUUCCAUCUGAACAAAAGAGAGAGAGCAACUGUGUUCCUGACAGAGACAGAGUUGCGACGGCUCCAUCGACGAUUUGGACACCCAGCUGUCACGCGACUUGUUAAGCUCUUAAAGGAUGCUGGCUAUAACGACUUCGAAGAAAGAACCCUAGAAGAAGUCACUAAGUUCUGCCACCACUGCCAGCUCCACAGCUCCGCACCGCGCCGAUUCAAAUUCACUCUCAAGGAUGAUCACCACUUCAACUAUGAGAUCCUGGUGGAUGUGAUGUACCUGAGCAACAAACCUGUACUGCAUGUGGUCGAUUCCUCAACAGCGUUUCAAGGCGCGAGGUUCCUUAGCGCUAUCUCAGCUAAAGAAACAUGGCAAGCACUGCGGAUACUAUGGAUCGACACGUAUCAAGGACCACCAGACAUUAUCACGCAUGACGCAGGCACUAACUUUGCAAGCACAGAGUUCCGCGCAGAAGCAAAGAUCAUGGGAGUCACAUGCAAGCAAGUACCUACGGAGGCGCACUGGUCUAUCGGCAAAACUGAGAGGUACCAUGCACCUCUACGCCGCGCAUGGGACAUACUCUAUGCAGAACUCACUGACACUAUGUCCGACGACGCGAUUCUCCAGAUGGCUGUGAAGGCUGUCAACGAUACUGCUGGCCCCGAUGGACUAGUCCCGACGCUACUAGUCUUUGGAGCGUACCCACGAAUGACUGCAGAGUCACCGCCAUCCCCGUCAAUGGUUAAGCGCAGCGAGGCUAUUCAAAAGGCGACGAAAGCCCUACGCAAGAUCACGGCAGAGCGCCAAGUUGCAGACGCCUUGAACACCCGCAAUGGACCAGCCACUGCAGACAUGCUCGCGCUCCCACUCCAGAGCGAAGUCUUAGUAUGGAGAGAGAGUGAUGGCUGGAAUGGCCCGUACAAGAUCGCCAGUACAGAUGGCCACAACGUCACUGUUGACAUGGUCAAUGGUCCAACGACAUUCAGAUCCACUGUCGUCAAGCCAUACUACAGACCGGACCACCUUUGGAGCGACCCCGAUGCGCCACACGCGCCGAAUGAGCCGCAUGAGCCGGUAGCAGUACCACCGGCAGUGCAACCACGCAGGAGAGGCCGCCCUCCAGGGUCAAAGAACAAGCGGAAGGCGCACGCGUACAUCACCAAGAAGGAGCAGGACGAUCUUGAGCUAGCUAUCAAACUACGUAACGAUGGAGUGAUCACAACCUCAGGCGCCCCCUUUGAAGCGUCUGAUGACCAAGAGAUCAGCGACCUCCGAUGUAGCCAGCGCCUGAUUAUGUCGCUGGCGCCCGAGAUGGUACAACGCGGAAUGAACAUCGAGCUCCGUGACAUUACGCAGGCGUAUCCCCAGGCGCAGACAACCCUGAAGAGGACGAUACUCGCACAUCUUCCUACUGAGCUAGUCCAUCGAUAUCCAGAAGGCACGCUACUCCAUGUGAUCAAGCCGCUGUAUGGAAUCGCUGAGGCAGGAGUCCACUGGUGGGACAACGUAUCACGGACACCAUUGCAAGGAACUGGACAUGGCAACAUCGACUUAGACUUCAAUGGAUGUACACUCACGAUGGACGCCAGCAGAGUCUUGACCCUUAGGCAGAAAGGACAAGGAGGAAGGAUCAGGCUUGUGGAUAUCAGGGCACCCGACCGCGCGCAACAGUACACCGAGCAGCGCGCCCGCGGAGCGUACAUCGCAUCAACAUGCCAACCAGAGGCGUCAUUUGACCUGUCCGUCGCUGCUCAAGCUCAGCAACCAUCAGACGAGGACAUCAAGGCACUCAACAAACGCCUGAAAUGGCAGAUGGAGAAUCUCGAUCGUGGCCUGCACUACGUCACUGUCAAUCUUAUGGAGGCCAAGUUGAUGGUCUUUGUGGAUGGCUCCUUUGCCAACAACAAGGACCUCAGCUCACAGCUAGGCUUUGUCCUUAUGCUCGUCAACGAGUCUAUUGACGUCAACACCUUCACAAUACAGGGCAACGUGAUCCACUACAGCUCUACAAAAUGCAAGCGCAUCACACGGAGCGUACUGGCCUCAGAGAUCUACGGCAUGGUCAACGGCUUUGACAUAGGCAUUGCAGUUGCAACCACGCUGAGGAUAGUUACAGAACGACUUAGACUACCUGCAAUUCCCUUGGUUAUCUGUACAGACUCGUACUCCUUGUACGAGUGCCUAGUAAAGCUUGGGACGACGAAGGAAAAGCGUCUCAUGAUCGACAUCAUGGCGCUGCGCCAAUCAUAUGAGCGUCGCGAGAUCACGGAGAUCCGCUGGAUCAAUGGUGAAGACAAUCCUGCAGACGCCUUCACCAAGGCAUCGCCAAACCGCGCUCUUGAACGCUUUAUUGACGGCAAUAAGCUGACAGUCCGAGUAGAGGGAUGGGUGCAGAGGCCGACAAGCUUUGAUGGUUGA